GUGAAGCUCGCUCAACCAUCUCAGACUUGUCUUAGUGCUACGAAACAUUUGGGAAACUGGUCCUAGACUAUUUUGUAACCCGAAAAAACAGGCUGGAUGGCUCCCUCCUCAGUAAUUGAACGAUAGGUGGCAGUAUGCAACUAAUCAGCGAUAAGAAAAAAACGCAGAAAAAGACAAUUGAGCUUCAUGAGAUGAGCUUUCAGCUCAGGAGUCUAUAAACAGUUUACACAGUUCCACUUUUCACUGUGGAUAUCAGCGGCGUUCAUUCUGAAAAAAGAAAUAAUAUUCCAGUUAAAUGUCCCGUUACUUUGGAGCACUAUGAAGCUGGAAUGCUGCUUAGUGGUGUUGGAGAUGCGAUUGCCUUCAAGUGGGAGUUUGAAUAUUCUGGGCCAACCAUCCAUCAGGCUGUGAAGGAGCUUGGAGGCCUGAAAAACAUCACAGCUAAGCUUCCGGAAUGGCUGGUCAGCGACGACACCGUCCUCCACCUGGCCACUGCUGAGGCUUUAGCCACAGGGAAAGAAGGGGAGGAGCUUCUGCAUGAAGUGGCUUGGCGUUACCAAAAGGGAAUGGAGGACAUGAGUGGGAGGGCGCCGGGUGGCUCUACUAUUAUGGGUGUACAAUAUUUAAGGCCAGGCCAAAAAGACGGCUACAGAAUCCCCUAUAACUCACGGAGUGGAGGAUGCGGGGCUGCCAUGAGGGCGAUGUGCAUUGGUCUGAGGUACCCUAAACCGGAGCAGCUGUCGACUCUGGUGGCCGUGGCUGUGGAGACGGGGAGAAUGACCCACACUCAUCCUACCGGGUUCUUAGGCAGCGUGGCUUCUGCACUGUUUGCAGCCUACGCUAUCCAGCGACGUCCAAUCAUGACCUGGGGGCUGGGCCUGGUGAACGAGGCGUGUCCAGUUGCGAGGGAGUUUGUGAAAACAGCCGGAUAUGCCGUGAAAGAGACUGGGAGAGACUGGGGAUACUUCACAGAGAAAUGGAAAUGGUACCUUGAACUGAGGAAUUUGUCAUCAGGAACUGGACCAGUUCCCUGGCCUGAACAAUACGGACCAGCUGAACGAGACGAGGUUUAUAAAAGCUUCAGUUGGCGUGGAUGGGGAGGAAGCAGCGGCCAUGAUGCACCAAUGAUAGCACUGGAUUCCCUUCUGGGGGCUGGCUCAGACUGGGAGGAGCUAAUGAACCGAGUAGCAUUUCAUGGAGGAGACAGUGACAGCACUGCUGUGAUCGCCUGCUGCUGUUGGGGGCUGCUGUACGGAACAGAGGGAGUUCCAGAGUGUAACUACAAGUGGCUGGAGUACAGGGGCAGACUGGAGAAAAGUGCAGAGAAACUUUACACACUGUCGCACUGAAACUGGAUAAGCAACAUAUAUUACCACUACAAAAAAACAAGCAACGAUUAGUGCCUGAAACUGAUUUUAUAUCACAAAUAAUUAAUCGUAAAGUGCUAUUUAAAAACCCUUUGUUCUUGUACAGUGACUUGCAAAAGUAUUUUUACCCCUUGAACUUUUUCACAUUUUGUCACCUUACAACCACAAACUUAAAUUAUUUAAAUGAGAUUUUAAGUGAUUGACCAACAGAAAAUAGCACACAGUUGUGAAGUGGAACGAAAAUUAUAAAAAAAAUGUAAUCAAAUAAAAAUCUGAAAAGUAUUCAACCCCCCUAUAUCAAUAUUUAGUAGAGCCACCUUUCACUGCAAUUACAGCUGCAAGUCUUUUGGGGUAUAACUCUACCUUCUUUGCACAUCUAGAGACAGAGAUUUUUGUCCAUUCUUCUUUACAAAACAGCUCAAGCUCAGCAAGGUUGGAUGGAGAGCGUCUGUAAACGGCAAUUUUCAUGUCUUGCCACAGAAGCUCAAUGCGAUUUAAGACUAUAGACUUUAAGCCAUUCUAACACGGAAAUAUUUUCUGAUCUAAAUCAUUUUACUGUAGCUCUGGAUGUAUGUUUAGAGUCUUAAAUCUCCUUCCCAGUCUCAAGUCUUUUGCAGCCUCCACCAGGAUUUCUUCCAGGAUUGCCCUGUAUUUAUCUCCAUCCAUCUUUUCAUCAUCUCUGACCAACUUCUCUAUCCCUACUGAAGAAAAGCAUCCCCACAGCAUGAUGCUGCCACCACCAUGUUUCACUUUUGGGAUGGCAUGUUUAGGGUAAUGAGCAGUGUUACUUUUCUGUCACACAAAGCACUUUAUAUUUUGGCCAAAAAGUUCAACUUUGGUCUCAUCUGACCAAAGAACCUUUUUCCACACGUUUGCUGUACAAACAGCACUUCUUAUGUCUUUCUUUUAACAAUGGCUUUCUUUUUGCCACUCUUCCAUUAAGGCCAGGUUUGUGGAGAGCACGACUUAUAGUUUUUGUGUCGACAGAUUCUCCCACCUGAGCUGUGGAUUUCUGCAGCUCCUCCAGAGUGACCAUGGGCCUCUUGGCUGGUUCUCUGACUAGUGCUCUCCUUGCUUGAUCUGUCAGUUUGGGUGAAUGGCCAUGUCUUGGUAUGUUUGCAGUUGUAGAAUACAUUUUCCAUUUAUGGAUGAUAUAUUGAACAGUGCUCUUUAGGAUGCUUAAAGCUUGGAAUAUGUUUUUAUAACCUAACCCUGCUUUAAAUUUCUCCACAACUUUAUCUCUGACCUGUCUGCUGAGUUCCUUGGUCUUCCUGAUGCUGUUUGUUCACCAGUGUUCUCUAACAGACCACUGAGGUCUUCACAGAUCAGCUGUAUUUAUACUGAGACGAAAUUUCACACAGCUGAAAUCUGUUAACUUAUUCUGUGACUUCUGGAUGAAAUUGAGUGCACUGGAAUUUAAUUAGGGGGUUCAGAGUAAAGGGGGCUGAAUACUUUUACACAUAUUUUUGUGUUGGUUUUAUCACUUAAAAUCUCUAUAAAAUACAUUAAAACUUGUGGUUGUAAGGUGACAAAAUGUGAACCAGUUCAGGGGUAUGAAUACUUCUGCCAGCCACUGUAGUGUAAGAGACUGUGUGAAUCUAUGUAUUUUGCUUCCUACUGUAUCUGCCUGAAAUGCACAUCCCUUCACCAUUCUCAUACAUAUAGUGCAUACAGCUGUAAACAGAAAGCACUCUCAGUACUUUCACAUGCACUUAAUACACCACUGAAGAGUAGAGAGGAGAAUACCCACUUAAGAAUGUUUUCCAGGUUUGUGAGGCCAACAGCGAUAUAUAUAUAUUUCUAUUUGACCACUUCAAAAUAAUCGGUUUCUUUGAUUUUAACUAUUUAUAAGUAUAUGUUUGAGUAAAAUGAACAUUGUGGUUUUAUUCUAUAAACUACUGAUGACAUUUCUCCCAAAUGCCAAAUAAAAAUAUUGUAAUUUAGAGCAUUUAUUUGCAGAAAAUAACCUUCAAAUCUCAAGUAAUUCAAAGAAAACAAGUUCAUAUUCAUUUAGAAACAACAACAAUACUAAAGUUUUAUCUAAGGAAGAGUUCAGAAUCAAUAACUGGGUGAAUAACCCAGAUUUUUAAUCACAGCUUUCAUGUGUCUCAGCAUGCUCUCCAACAGUCUUUCACACUGCUUUUGGGUGACCUUAUGCCACUCCUGGUGCAAAAUUUCAGGCAGUUCAGCUUGGUUUGAAUGACUUGUGACUAUCCUUCCUCCUCUAGAUUACAUUCCAUAGAUUUUCAAUGGGGUUCAGGUCUGGAGAUUGGGCAGGCCAUAACACUGUCUUCAUCUUGUGGUCCUUCAUCCACAUCUUAAUUGAUCUAGCUGUGUGGAUUUGAGCAUUGUCCUGCGGGAAAAAACAGUCCUCAGAGUUGGGGAACAUUGCCAGAGCAGAAGGAAGCAAGUUUUCUUUCAGGAUAACCUUUUAUGCGGCUUGAUUCAGGCGUCAUAUGCAAAAACCAAACUGCCCAAUUCCAGCCUUGCUGAAGCAUCUACAAAACAUCACUAAUCUUCCACCAAAUUUCACAGUGGGUGCAAGACACAUUUGUCAUUCUUUAUAUAGGCCAUUUGAUGUCAUCCUUUGGUCGAUGACUGACAUUGAAACAAGUUGACGGUCAACGUCCAGACCUAAACCUCAUUAAAAACCUCUGAAUGUAAUCAUGUAAGAUGGAAGUUGGUCACAAGCCAUUAAAAAAGCUGAACUGUGCGAUUUUAUUUUGUACCAGGAGUGAAAAAAGGUCACACAAAAGCAGUAUGAAUAACUUCAAAAUCAGGGUAAUUCCACCAAAUAUUAAUUUCUAAACUCUUAAAACAUUACCACCAAAUAUAUAUGAAGCUUUGUUUUAUGAUGUAUAUUAUUACACAAUGCUGUCUGUCUUAAAGCUCUCUGUAUGAUGCUGCAAAGAAACACAUAAGCUUUGUUUAAAAAGGCGUUCAUACUACAAUAUUAUUGGCAAUUUUUGCUGCUAAAUAUGCAUGAGAGAAUCAUAACCACUGUUUUUUCUUUUCCUGUUUUUUUUUUUUUUAUAUUAUGCCUUUUUGCACAACUCUUACUUGCCGAGUUAACCUGAUCUCGGAAGUCUAAGAAUGCUGCUUGUAUGACCAUUUGAAUAAUUAGAGAAAUCUGAUCACAAUUAGAUUAAGAAGUGCACUUAUUGUUUGCUCUGCAGUUGGAUGUUCUGGUGCAGAAAAGAGCUCAAUAAAAGUUUAUUAACAAAAUU